GCCGUGAGUAACCGCAAUUGACUCACGGUCCCUUGGCUUAGCUCGUGAAAUCACUGAAAUAUUCUCUGCAAACUUUCUCUUACCUCGAUAUUCCAUCUUCGUCACCAAUUGUUUGCCCUUGUUGGGUCGAUUCCUGUUUCAAUCCUGUUGUGGAAUUAUCUGACCAUCAUGGCAACUGAGCUGCCGACACAAGAGAAUGGCACUUCGCACACAUUUUCGAACGGUGAAAGCCCCACGAACCAACAGGCUGUCAAGGAGGGUCUUGCGCGAAUGUUGAAGGGGGGUGUGAUCAUGGACGUUGUCAAUGCUGAACAGGCCCGCAUUGCAGAAGAGGCAGGCGCUUGUGCUGUGAUGGCCCUCGAGCGUGUCCCAGCAGAUAUCCGAGCUCAGGGUGGCGUGGCACGUAUGUCAGAUCCGACACUUAUCAAAGGCAUCAUGGAGGCAGUUACAAUUCCUGUCAUGGCAAAAGCCCGUAUAGGACAUUUUGUGGAGUGCCAGAUCCUUGAAGCCCUCGGCGUGGACUACAUCGACGAGUCCGAAGUCCUCACACCGGCAGAUCAUACACACCACGUUGAAAAACAUAACUUUAAGGUACCAUUUGUAUGCGGCUGUCGCAAUCUGGGCGAGGCGCUGCGAAGGAUUAGUGAAGGUGCAGCCAUGAUCCGCACCAAGGGUGAGGCUGGAACUGGUGACGUCGUGGAGGCCGUGAAACACAUGCGAACUUUGAACGCAGAGAUCGCAAGAGCAAGUUCCAUGACGCCAGAAGAGCUCCGAGUGUACGCAAAGGAGAUCGGGGCUCCCUACGAGCUGCUGAAGAAAACAGCCGAGCUUAAGAGGUUGCCCGUAGUAAACUUUGCGGCGGGAGGCGUGGCAACUCCUGCAGAUGCUGCCCUGAUGAUGCAGCUCGGCUGUGAUGGUGUGUUCGUAGGCAGUGGUAUUUUCAAGUCUGGAAAUGCGGCAAAGAGGGCCAAGGCCAUCGUCCAGGCAGUGACCCACUUCAGAGAUCCCAAGGUCCUAGCCGAAGUGAGCUGCGAUUUGGGCGAGGCAAUGGUGGGGAUCAACUGCGAUAAGAUGCCAGAAGGCGAAAGACUUGCUGGCAGGGGAUGGUAGCCGAAUCUCGAUCCCCUGUAUAGCAUAUGCGAUUGCGCUUGAGAGUUAGGAGUUUUGGGCAAGGGUUUGUAGUCGGCCAUCUUAACAAAAAGGACUUCAACAGGAAUAUCUUCAGGCCUGGACAUGUGGAGUAUAACAAUCCGCAAUAAAGGUUUCGAAACAAAAAAAGCGUGCCGUGCCGUACCGUUCCGUACUUCAUCUAGCAUGCAUCACAACUGUGUUUGUGGACUGCGCAAGAAUGACACAAGAGUAGAACAACAUCACAGGUGGUAUGGCUGGCGCGGAAGGAUCAAAGGCGAACAAGCGAUAGCCCGUACGUCCGGAGGCCUUUGCCACCCAGCUUAAGGAGACAAUUGGAAUUUUGCACAUCCAGUAGCGGAGUUCACGGCAAUUGGUGCUUAAUUAGAAGUAGACGUGCCACGAC